UGAAUCAAACGUGAGAGCGGCAGCAUCUGCUAUGAAAUCUGCAGGAAGAGCUCAGCGAUCACGAUAGUAUAUUAGCAACAUAUCUAAAAAAGGAUUAUAAUGUCUUAAUAUAUAUUAAAACGGCUUGUGUCAGUAGGUGUCUGUAAGAUGUCUGUGGUGCUGUUUGCCUCUGUGGUGAGAGUGAGGGACGGUCUACCACUCUCGGCCUCCACAGACUACGAACAGGAUAAAGGAUUUCAGGAGACUAAGAAACAUCUCAAGGGUCUGUCCAAAAAACUCAGCCAAUUUCCUGAUCGCUGCUUACUCAGAUCUGGCCUUUACAACAUUAAUUUCACAAGCUCUCUUGGAGUCGGGUACUUGAUGGUUUGCACAGAAAACUAUCCCAAUGUCCUGGCCUUCAGCUUCCUGGACGAGCUUCAGAGAGAGUUCAUUGUCACGUAUGACACCAAGCGGAUCAACGGCGCUUUGAGGCCCUUCUCUUUCAUUGAGUUUGAUAACUUCAUUCGGAAAACCAAGCAACGUUACAACAGCCCACGUUCCCUCUCCACCAAGAUUAAUCUGGCCGAAAUGCAGACUGAGAUCAAGCUCCGGCCUCCUUAUCAGCUGUCCGCGGAGGACAUUGGAUCAAUCAACGGCUUCUCACAACACAAGCAGUCUAAAUAUAAAGGCAUAGCUCCUAAUCAAAUGAUGGAGGCCGUCACCCUGUCGGGUAUCGUUGCCUGUGUCCUAAGUGUCCUGUGCGGCUCUCUUAAUUUGCUGCGGGGAGUCCACGCAAUAGAAAGCGUAUUGCAGAACGAGGAUGAAGACUUUAAUUACGUAAUUGCCUUUUUCCUCGGAACCGCGACCUGUUUGUAUCAGUGUUACUUGUUUGCCCACUUCUCAGUUUGGAGGAACAUCAAGUCAUUCCUGGCCUUUGCUAUGAUCUGUCUAUGUAACAUGUAUCUGUAUGAACUCCGUAACAUGUGGCAGAUCCUCUUUCACAUGACAGUGGGAGCGUUCAUCACUCUGCAGAUCCACCUGAGACGACCGCAGGGCAAAUCACCUGACUACAACGUUUGACCCUCUUGAACUCUUUCAAGACUGCGUAACAUAGCCCAAUAUGGCAACCCCAACCUGUUCCCACCCCAUCUGAGGACAAAAGAACUAUGGCUUGUGAAGCAGGUUUUCCAAAUGAUUUUGAUAUUGUUUAAGAAACUGCUGUUUCACAUCCAGUUGAGGGCACAGAUGAGAAACUGCUGUUCUAGUUGAAGCAAAAGAUUCAUAAUAGUGACUUCAUAAGCGCACAGUAUUAGAUUCAUGCAUGGAAUAUUGAAGAAAGUGUUAGCAGAUGAAUCAGAUGUGCACAAUUAAUAUAUUUUCCAGUAGGAAGGAGUUGUAGUUAUUUUUAAUUUUAAUUGACAUCAGGACUUAAAGAGACAGCUCACCCGAAAAUGAAAAUUCUGUCAAGAUUUCUCAAAGAAUGUUCAGAGGGCUUUCCUCCAUACAAUAAACGUGGAUUGUGAACAGGGUCUGUCAAAGUGUAUAUAUAUAUAUAUAUACAGUGGG